GAGAUACGACGAAGAGAGAAAAUCUAAAUGGGGAUAUGUAGGCCUAGUUUAUCAAUAACGGUGAAAGAGGUUACUUGCAACCAGAUAAAGUUGAAUUGGUCAUUGGAAGCACUCUCUAUAGAGAAUAAGGAAUCUAUCAGCUUGACUUUGAACGGCAAGCCCUGGACGAAAGCCCACCUCAAGCAUUCCUCUAAGGAAGAAGCUUCCUUGAUUGUCUAUGGCUUGACCCCGGGUAUGGAUUAUGAGUUAGAGCUCAAAUGGCUCAGUACAUCAUCUUCAAUAGAGUCUAAAUCUGAUAAACCUCUAAUCGCUCCAUUGGAAUCUACGCUUAGAUCAACGGUUGAACAGAAAGAUUCCCUAAUGUCUGAACUAAAACGUACGAGAAAGGAAUCACAAAGGCAUACUGCUUCUAUACAAUCAGAAAUUGAAGCUUUAAAGAGAACUAUUGAUAAAAAUCAACCAAAUGAUCAGAGGUCAAAGCAAAAAAUAUUGAGUUUACAAGGUUCAAUCAAUAAAGCGAAUAAGGAUGCGGAAUUCAUAAACCAGCGAUCUAAAGAAAUAAAUCAAUUACUCCCUUCAUUGGAAGCUCAUCAUGAUCGACUGCGAAAUGAAUGGCUAACGAAACAAGAACAAGCGAGAGUUUCAAAUGAUUUAACAGCUCAGGCGUUACAUCAACAUGAACAGACCUUCUUGGAAAAGCAGCAACGACUGUCUGUUCUUAAUCACAAGCUUGAUAAGCUCUUCAAUCGUAAACAGAAGUUAGAAAAGUCUAUACCCGAAAUCCAAAAACAAAUUGAUGAAUUAUCAAAGGAAGAUGAAAGUAACAUUGCAUUUAAUAGAGUCUAUCCAACUAACACAACUGCAUCUGAUACAAGGCACCACUCACAAAGAAGUUUAAGUUUCUUACCAUUUGAUAACACUUUUAGUUGGGCGCCUCCACAAACUAGCAGUCCAACGGACAGCUUUUUGCCCUUCCCAACUUCGGCCUCUUCAACCAGACCUGGUACGGGCACGUCAGAUAGGAAAGUCGUACCUACUCCUAUAGGUAGACCUCAAACACACACAAUUUCUGAACCUUUCUUUUCGCAUCCACCUUUCCAAUCGUUUGACGAUUACACUAGGCGGCGGACUAAUAGUGAAAAAUCAACGACUAAUAAUAAUUCAUUCUUUUACAGAGACUUGUAAAUCCUUGAUAUUGUAACUUAUUCAUCUUAUAGCAUUUACACUUAAAACUUUUAAAAGUCAUCAUCCAUCAUUAAUUGGUGUAACUCAAUGUGAUAGUCAUUAUAAACACGUCUUGCUUUAUCUGACGAACCGAGUUUAACAUCAUCUUCAUCAGAAUUACCAACUCCGCAUUGUAAUUUCAACAAGCAUUCAUAUUCAUCGAAACUAAAUUCAGGCUUAUGAGUUCUUAAACCAUCCAACCAUUCUUUAGGGUCAAUGAGGCGUAAUUCCCAAAAUCUACGAGAUAAACUGAAGUCUGUGCCUACUGGCCAUGUAACUAUUGUUUUAAGGUUUUGUUGCAAUGCGCUUAUAUUUCUCAACAUCUUCUUAGCGCCUUGAUUGGUUGCAUAUUUAAUAGUCCGAGUAGCCGACAUAAGAAUUUUAUCCAUGAGUAAACCAACACCAUCAAAUAAGAACCUUCUCUCUUCUUCUGUCAGUGUUCUCGAAGCAGCCUCGUCAAGUUCGUUUAUCUCAGUAUUAACUUUGACAAUAUUUGGAUCCGGUUUACUAGCAUCAUCAUCGAUUUGAUAAUUACCGUUACGCAUGGCCAAGUCGAGGUAGUAGACUGUAAUGACCCUCACCUCGAGUCUCAUAGUAAAUAAUAUCAUAUCGAUCAACUGAUGAUAAGUUUGCAAGAGUGCCUCAAAUCGU